AUCCCUCGCAGCGCCGCUGCCGCCUCCUCGGCAGCCCCGCGGCGCCGACCCGGACCUGCUGCUGAGGAAAGAUGGCAGAAGACCAGCCACACCUGUGUAUUCAGAUGUCAGAAUCCGGUACAAAUGGCAUUCCCAGUAAAACGCAGUCCUUGCCAGAUUUGGCUGGCAGGACAGGAAGCGUGCUUACCUUCCACAACAUCUGCUACCAUGUGAAGACAAAGACUGGGUUCCCGUGUUUCCGAAAAACCACCAAAAAACAAGUUUUGAAAGAUGUCAAUGGCAUCAUGAAACCAGGAUUGAAUGCAAUUUUGGGACCCACUGGCAGUGGUAAAUCUUCGCUACUGGACAUUUUGGCUGCAAGGAAGGAUCCCCAUGGACUCUCUGGUGACAUUUUGAUCAAUGGAGCUCCUCAGCCCGCCAACUUUAAAUGUACCUCUGGCUAUGUAGUACAGGAUGAUGUGGUCAUGGGAACCCUGACUGUAAGAGAAAAUCUGAAGUUCUCAGCGGCACUGCGCUUGCCAAAGUCAGUGAAGGAGCAUGAGAAAAAUGAACGAGUGAAUCAGAUCAUCAAGGAACUGGGUUUGAGCAAAGUUGCAGAUUCCAAGGUUGGUACCCAGUUCACUCGUGGGGUGUCUGGAGGAGAGCGAAAAAGGACCAAUAUUGGGAUGGAGCUCAUCACGGAUCCUGCCAUCUUAUUCUUGGAUGAGCCAACCACGGGGCUUGAUUCCAGCACUGCUAAUGCUGUCUUACUGCUGCUGAAAAGGAUGUCAAAACAAGGGAGGACAAUCAUCUUCUCCAUCCACCAGCCUCGGUACUCCAUAUUCCGACUGUUUGACAGCUUGACACUGCUGGCUGCAGGGAGAGUGCUGUUCCAUGGGCCAGCCCAGCACGCCAUCGAGUACUUUCAGUCCAUUGGCUACCAGUGCGAGCCCUACAACAACCCCGCCGAUUUUUUCCUGGACGUCAUCAAUGGAGACUCCACCGCCGUGGCAAUGAGCAAGGCUGAUGACACAGAGAGAACUGAAGAAUGCUCUGAAUAUGAUAAGACCUUGGCUGAGCAAUUAGCAGAAAAAUACUCCAACUCUGCCUACUACCGAGAAACAAAAGCACAUUUAGAGAGCAUUUCUUCAGGAAACAAGAAGAAAACCAAACCACUUUUCCGGCAAAUCACAUAUGCCAAUUCCUUCCUCCACCAGCUGAAAUGGGUGUCCAGGCGCACAUUUAAAAACCUGAUAGGAAACCCUCAGGCUUCCAUAGCUCAGCUUUGUAUUACAGCUCUUCUGGGACUGGUUGUAGGUGCCAUCUUCUUUGGGCUUGAGGAGAACUCUGCUGGACUACAGAACAGAGUGGGUGCAAUGUUCUUUCUGACCACCAACCAGUGUUUCAGCAGUGUCUCAGCUCUUGAACUCUUUGUUGUAGAAAAGAAGAUAUUUAUGCAUGAAUAUAUCAGUGGGUACUACAGAACAUCUGCAUACUUCAUAGCAAAGCUAAUGGCUGAUUUAAUACCCAUAAGGACCAUGCCCAGCAUCAUCUUCACCUGCAUAGUUUACUUCAUGCUAGGUUUGAAACCAACAGCAGAAGCCUUCUUUAUAAUGAUGUUCACUCUUAUGAUGGUGUCCUACACAGCCACUUCCAUGGCACUUGCCAUUGCAGCAGGACAGAGCGUGGUCACUAUAGCCAACCUACUCUCGACUGUUGCAUUUGUUUUUAUGAUUAUUUUCUCUGGGUUGCUGGUCAAUCUCACAAGCGUCAUGGACUGGCUCUCUUGGCUCAAAUACUUUAGCAUCCCUCGCUAUGGAAUGACAGCUUUACAGAUCAAUGAGUUGCCUGGUCUGAACUUCUGUGGCAGCAGUAACAGCACAGUGUUAAACAGUGGCGGUAGCUAUCGAGAGACAGGCCGGAUGCCAUGUACUGGAGAGGAGUAUCUGGAGAGUCAAGGCAUCGAUAUGAGCACCUGGGGGCUGUGGCAGAACCACCUGGCUCUGGCCUGCAUGACACUCAUCUUCCUCACCAUCGCCUACCUCAAACUGCACUUCAUGAAGAAGUUCUCUUAAAACCAGAGGGAAAGGCGCAAUUCCCACUGUUCAGCAGUUUGCUGAACGGAUUGUGCAACUGACUUGAUUAUUUUUAAGGAGACAUUUCUUUGUACUUUUAUUAUUACCCAAGUCAACAACAUGAAUGCCAUCCUUGUAUAUUAAAUACUUGCUGUUAAUUUACUCUGUCAAAAUGUGUAGCAUGGCUCACUCCUCUGUGCCACAGAGGAAAAGAAAAAGUGUACAGCUGUUCAUUUCCUCAAGAGACUGAAUCAGUCUUUCUGCAUAUUCUAGCUAUGAUCUUGUCAAACACUAUAUCUAAUAUUUAGUGGCUUAACCUGAAAUAAAUUGUUCCAUACUUUAAUUAGCACCUACCUUCACCAGGAAGAAAUUAAGUCUAAAAUGAUGCUUAUCAGGACACCAACACAAUCUCAGCUGCUUAUGUGGUCACAGGAUAUGUGAGACAGGGACAAAAUUCCUUUAAUCCCAGCGCCUUUUUCUAUUUGGGAAUCAUUGCUGCGCUAGAAUGUACUUAUUGAUGCCAUCAAGCCUUUCCUGCCUCAGUCAAGUAUAGAAGCACUGUGCUUUUAAAUAAAGGUGUUGUUCUUA